CAGAUGGUGAGAGAUGAGAAUCUUAAGUUCAUGAAGAACAGGGACGUCUACAACAGCGACUACUUCAACUUCACGCUCUCCCUGGCCUCCGUCAACGCAACGAAGCUGAAGCAUGCGGACUACCAGCCCAUGGCCAAAGAGAGUCUUCAGCUGGCGGUUCACUUCCUCUUUCACACCUACCUGCACACCAAAAAGAAACUCCGCGUGGACACAGAGGAGUGGAUGGCCACAGUGGAGGUUUUGCUGACUAAGAGCAGCGAAGCCUGUCAGUGGAUGGCGCAGUACCUGGUGGGGCCGGAGGGACGAGAGAUCACCAGGGUCUGUCUGUUGGAGUGCAGUGUGAGGGAGGUGAGGGUGGUGUUCGCCUCCAUCCUUGAGAAGACUCUGGAGUGCUCACUUCACUUUGGAGACCCGGGAGCGGACAACUUAAUGGACACUCUGCUCUCCUUAUUGGACAAAGACGUUCCUGAGAAUGUGAAGAACUGCGCUCAGUACUUUGGUCUCUUCAGUAACUUCGCUCAGAGGGGAUGCGGUCCUUGUCAGCUGUUGUUGAAACACUCAGCUUACCGCCGGAUGCUCAUCUUCCUGCUGGGACCCAACAGGCAAAACAACCAGAACCGGCGCUGGAGUCCCGCUCAGGCUCGGGAGUUUCUUCACCUCCACAACACGCUGGCCUUCAUCACACUACACUCUGACCUCGACCCCCAGCGGACGCAUCCUCCAGAAGGCUCUAAGCUGCGUGUGAGCUGCAUCCCGUCCUCGACCCAGCUGCUGCCCCUCAACGCCGACAUCCAGGCCUCUCUCUUCACUCCAGAGGGCCAGCCUUACCUUCUCGAGGUGAUGUUUGCCAUGCGGGAGCUGUCCGGGCCGCUGUCCCUCCUGAUCGAGAUGGUGACCUACAUUUCGUACUGUAACGAGCCUUUCUCCCUGGGUGUGCUGCAGCUGCUAAAGUCCCAGCUGGAGACUGCCCCCCCUCAUGAACUGAAGAACGUUUUCCAGAUGCUGCAGGAGCUACUGGUAAUGGAAGACCCUCUGCAAACCCAGAGACUCAAGUAUGCAUUUGAGUCAGAGAAAGGCCUUUUAGCUUUGAUGCACCAGAGCAACAACGUGGACAGCCGACGCUGCUACCAGUGUGUGAAGUUCCUGGUCACAUUAGCCCAGAAGUGUGCUCCAGCCAAAGAUUACUUCAAGGACUUGUCUGGUCACUGGAGCUGGGCGGUGCAGUGGCUGCAGAAAAAGAUGACUGAGCAUUACUGGACUCCACAGAGCAACGUCUCCAACGAGACAUCCACUAACAAAACCUUCCAGCGCACUAUCUCUGCACAGGACACCUUGGCCUAUGCCACGGCGUUGUUAAACGAGAAGGAGCAGUCCGGCAGCAGCAACGGCUCAGACGGCAGCCCGGCAAACGAAAACGCCGACCGCAGCCUCCGACAGGGGUCAGAGUCUCCCAUGAUGCUCGGCGAUUCGAAGAGCGAUCUAGAAGACGUGGACCCGUAGCUCGGCCCCCCCGCAGGAGAGGCCCUCCGAUGGAGAGGUGGCACAGCUCCGGGCAGCCGACUGAAAGGGCUGCACUUUGCCUCUGAUUGGUCGGGACAUUUGGGACUCCAACCACAAGCCAAUCGGAACACUUAUUCUCUUGGUCGCUACAGCAACGAAGGAGCUAUGAAUAAAUCAUGAAUUACUUCCUUUCAGAGCAGCCAAGGCGACGAUGGAGAUGCAUUAUCUUUAAGGGCAGCAGAGUUGAUUAUGGGGGAAAGUAGAAAAAGAAAAAACCUUCCUCGGUCACGCGGAUGACUUCAGUUUAUCCUUUUAUUCAUUCAUUCACUCAGAAUGACAGCAAGGUGGAGGAUGGGUUUGGGUUGUGUUUUAACAAUUUUCUGCUCAUAUUUGCCAAUGUAUCUACAUAGACAUAUUCAUAUUGUAAAGAUUUGUUCCAUAGAUGUACUUUCCAGUGUAAGAUAAUAUUUUAAAGUCUCCUGUGCUCUUCUCCACAGCCAUGCAAUUUGCGAAAGGUCACGUUAGCGGCUCUAGAGGAACGUACAGACGUACAGUAACCCCUCUAC